GUGGCCAUGGCGUGUAGGACGCUGGAGCUGACGCUGGUCUCCGCGAGGGACCUCCGUAACGUCAACCUCGUGUCCAAGAUGGAGGUCUACGCGGUGGCCUACCUAGCCGGCGACCCGCGGUCGCGGCAGCGGAUCCCCACCGACCGCGCCGGCGGCCGCGACCCGACCUGGAACGCCACGGUCCUCCUGACCGUCCCGGCGUCGGGCACCGGGAGCGGCGCCGUCCGCGUCCUGCUGCGCACGGAGCGCGCGCUCGGCGGCGACCGCGACGUCGGCGAGGUGCUCCUCCCGCUCCCCGACGUCCUUGCUGGGGCCGGGGACACGCCCACCGACGCCACGGUCGCCUGCUUCCCCGUCCGCAGGAUCGGCUCGAGCAAGCCUCAGGGCGUGCUUAACCUCUCUUACAAGCUCGGCGGCGUCGUCCACCCACACCACCUUGCCGCCGCCGCCCGGACCGAGGGGGGACCCUCGCCGGUGCAGUUGCAGCUGGUAGGCGACCCGAGUCCGACGAUGGCGUACUUGGCUGCCGCGGCGACGGCAUACUCGGCUGCGCGGCCAACAACACAGGGCUUGCCGCCUACACCAUACGCAGUGGCGCUGGCUUCUGUGGGUUCGACUUCGACGUCGACGACAAGCAUGCGGAGCAGCCGGUGGAAGCUGCUUAGUUAGCCGCGGUUGUGCCGUGGGGCCGUGCUACCUGUGUCUAGGUGGAGGUAUAAAGGCCGGCUGUAACGUCUGAAACGCUGUCGAUGAACUGAAACUCUGAAAGCCAACCUGAUCUAGCUCUGCUAUCCCAAUGCAAAUACUGUCUUCUUCCUAUAUAUCUCGUGCUC